AUGGUCACAACACGCAAGCGAUCAAAAAGCGGCCAAGCUACCGCUGAGGCGGAUCAGCUGCUCAGCGGACCGUCCACGAAGCGCAGGAGCCAUCUCACAGCAAAGGGGCAUAGCAACGACAUCGUCAACCUAUGGCAGGAAGGCGUAGCUGUCGCAGACCUCAUCGGGGAUGUGAUCGAUUACGAAUGCGCGCCGGAAUCAUCUUUGUCCAUCGACGCCCCAGUGAGAUGCUACUCGAUCGGCUCAUCGAUGGGCAAGCGUUACUCGACAUACCGCUGUCUCAUGCAAGAAUCGCAGUUCCGCUACAGAAGUUCCUUUGGCGGUCACAAGUCGUGCGUCAAUGCCCUUGCCAUUUCCAGAGGCCAAGGUCGCUAUCUAGCCAGUGGAGGCGACGGAAAGGAGAUCCACAUCAACGACCUCUUCGUAGACCUGCGAGAUGGCGCCCAAAAGGUACCGAUCGCGAUCCUCAAUGGCCAUGAGUCCAACAUCUUCUCCAUCGACUGGUCUGCCGAGAACAGGUAUCUGUUCAGUACGGGAAACGAUAGUCAAGUCUUAGUAUACGACGUAGAGCACUCUCAGAUGCCAACACGCGGUGCGGCACCAACAGAGCCUCAAAUGCGGUCCCUCUUCGGGUCGAUAGGUGGUCAUGACGACAGUGUACCUGAGCUCUCGGCCCAUCCCACAAACCCAUAUCUGCUGCUGAGCUGCGACGACAGUGGUACUCUCAAGCUUUUGGACAUUCGUUUGCCCCAUGAUAGCGUUGGCGCGGCUCGUUCCGACAUCGCCGCUGGAUUCUCUUCCGUAAAAUGGAAUCCGAGCGCUUCCGACGGCAACACCUUCGCAGCAGCAACCUGUGGCCGUCUCACCGGCAGCACACGGCUGUACGAUGUCCGACAGUGCUUCUCGGGCGACACGAAUCGACCCCUCACAAGCAAGGAUGCGGUGCUCAACUUUCACACGAAUCUGCUGCAGAACUCCUCGACAAGGGGAUUGGUUGGUGCUGCUGCGGAGACCAACAGUCUCUGCUUCGACCCGCAAGGCCGAUUCCUGGCCUCGAGCAUUUCGCGGUACCAUCCGACGAUCUACGCGGUCAAUGAUCCGGACCCUCUGGCGACGCUCCAAAGCACUGUUGUUGAGGAGAGGAUCGACGAUGGCUAUUGCCAAUGGCUGGGUUUACCAGCUGGAUCUCCCGCUGCUCCCAAGAAGCUCUCCUCGUGCUGUACCAUCAAGCACGGCUCCUUUGGCUUGGAAUCGCACACAGGCAGGCUGCACUAUGCGAUUGGAAGCGACGAUUUCCGCGCGUACAUCUUCGAGAUUCCAGAUAGAGCUGUGCUCGAGCGUCAACGCGAGUUCAUCACCCGCGAGGCUUGGUUGCACUCGACCUCUCAGCUGCAUCGGGAAGCAGCACCGAGAUCUCAGCGACAAGCUUCGCAGCCAAAAGAAGCGAGCGACGAUAUGGACAGCGACACGGACAGCAUCACCGAAGACCAGAUUGAUCGUGAAUCGGAAGUAGCGUAUUGCGCGGGCAGCCUUCAACGAGGCAAUAGCAUCGUUCGUCCCGCUAGAAUCCAGCAACAGGCCUACGUACUCUGCGGUGGACGCAGCAUCCUCAACACGGCACUGAUCCAUCCCACCAUGCCGUUGGUUUUUACGAGUGGCAUCACCUCGGACAUCGGGAUCCAUUCGGCUGCGCCUCUGCAUGCGAAAGAUCUGUACACGGAGCACACCUUUGACUCGGAUGGCGACGUCAGAGUUGGCGGAACUCGACCGCGUAUGCUGCUCCAACCCAAGCUCAAGUUCUACAGGAACUCGGACUCGGAACUCUCCUCGAACGAGAGCGGCGACGAAGACGAGGACGAGGACGAUGAAGAGGAAGGAUCGGGAUCUUCUCUGGCCGAAAACGAGGAACCGAUAGGGCAUGAAGAUAGCAGCGAUGACCCUCAGCACAGCCUGCGAGAUGACCUUCGAGAAGCAGAGCGCGAUGCAAGCGACUCAGGUCAAGCAACGAGAGCUGCCGAACAGAGCAACCGCGAGGAGCAGCCUUCGGGCACAGUCGAAGACUUCCUUGCCAACAUGCGUACGGAUCCUCUCUUCAGCACCGCCAGCACGCUCGACUACCAAUACGACCGGCACAUCGGGACCUACUCGCUUUCUCACUUGUCCCCUGGCGUUGUGUCGGCCGACUCUUCGUCACCGCCUUCCUCGGCGCCGACCGUUGCUUCCGUCUCCGACGCUGGCGAAGGUGCCAACACGGACGUCACCUCUGAAGGCUCCCAUAGCACGGACGACAACGAGAAUCUGGAUGACGACGACGACGACGACCUUGAAGACGAUUCCGACAUCGACUGGACGGAUUUCCGCUACCAAAACGACGGUUAUGGCGACCCGGACCUUCUCGACUACGAAUACCAAGAGCGAUUGGACGACGAUCUUCGCCACGCUUUCCAGCCCGAAGACGAAUUUAAAGACUCGCGUCAUGGCGAGAUGUGGGCGAUGGUCAGAGCGAUGCGCUACUCGGACCGGGAGCAGAAGCGCAUGCGACUGUUUGACGAUCUGCUCAAUCAGGACGAAAAGACGCACUUGACUGCCGAGUUUCGCAAGAUCCCAAAAGUCACAGAAGCGGUCGAUGGGCAACCUUGGCGCUGA